UUCGAUUGGCGAUGUCUGGGCGGGAGCGGCGCGGUCGGCGGGCGGUUGGUCGGGGCUGGCGGCGCCGCCGGGCCGGGCGGUGAAGGAAGAGCGGCGGUGCCGCCCCAGCACCGGCACCGCAGCCGCGGGCAGCAGGUGAGCACCGCCCGCCAGGGCCGCGCCGCGGGGCCCCUGCUCCGCCGGCCUUCUCCGGGCUGUCCGGGCCGGCCCCUGGUAGCGGCCGGUGGCGGCUCUCCGCGGGUCGCUGCUCACCGCGUCCGCGCCGUCCCGUCGCAGGCGAUCCCCGGGUCUGCCAUCCCGGGCGGGGGAAGGCGGCGGUGUCCCCUGCACGGAGGGGAGAGCGAAGCAGCUGUCUGCUGCGCAGAGGGCACCUGAAAUGGCUGCAGAUGACAAACGCUCUCCCACACUGGACUCUACCAGUGAUCUACCUCGUUCUCCCAGCAGUCCAUCUCAUCUCACUCACUUCAAACCUCUGACUCCUGACCAGGAUGAGCCUCCUUUUAAAUCAGCUUACAGUUCUUUUGUAAAUCUCUUCCGUUUCAGCAAAGAUGAUGGCAGGCUUUCAUCCCCAGCAGAGAGAGCAGAGGCAGGACAGAGUGAUGCACAAGCAUUGAGUGGUGGCUGGUCCAGUCCUCAGCAUCCCACGAGGGCUCAGUCUCUGAGAUCACCAAUUCCUUACAAAAAACAACUGAGUGGUGAGCUGCAAAGAAGAUCUUCUGCAACUCUGGACAAUCGAAGGAAAGUAGAACCACCUCUCGGAGGUCAUGACCCUCGAACUGCAGUUCAGUUAAGGAGCCUCAGCACUGUUUUAAAACGCCUCAAAGAAAUCAUGGAGGGGAAGAGCCAGGACAGUGACUUGAAGCAGUACUGGAUGCCUGACAGCCAGUGCAAAGAAUGUUACGACUGUAGUGAGAAAUUCACCACUUUCCGAAGGAGGCACCACUGUCGACUCUGUGGGCAGAUCUUUUGUAGUCGAUGCUGCAAUCAGGAAAUCCCUGGAAAAUUCAUGGGUUACACAGGGGAUCUCCGAGCCUGCACUUACUGCCGGAAAAUAGCCUUAAGCUAUGCACACUCCACAGACAGUAACUCCAUUGGAGAAGACUUAAAUGCCCUGUCGGAUUCUGCGUGUUCUGUGUCCGUGCUGGAUCCUGGCGAGCCACGCACACCGGUUGGGAGCCGCAAAGCCAGCCGCAACAUCUUCCUGGAGGAGGAUCUGACCUGGCAAAGUUUGAUUCACCCAGACUCUUCAGCUACCACGUUGUCUGCACGCCUUGGGUCUGUCCAGGAGGAUGCCGGGAAGUCACCAGCUAGAAACAGGUCAGCCAGCAUCACUAACCUGUCUCUGGAUCGCUCAGGCUCACCCAUGGUGCCUGCCUACGAGACGUCGGUCAGCCCCCAGGCCACUCGCACUCAUAUGAAAGCAGAGACCAGCGAGGAUGAGCGCAAAAUCCUUCUGGACUCAGUCCAGCUGAAAGAUCUGUGGAAGAAAAUCUGCCAUCAUAAUAGUGGUAUGGAAUUUCAAGACCAUCGCUACUGGCUGCGGACACAUCCCAACUGCAUUGUGGGAAAAGAGCUGGUCAACUGGCUCAUGAGAAAUGGGCACAUAACCACAAGGGUCCAGGCCAUUGCAAUAGGACAGGCACUGGUUGAUGGACGUUGGCUGGAAUGUGUCAGUCAUCAUGAUCAGCUCUUCAGAGAUGAAUAUGCUCUCUACAGACCUUUGCAGAGCACAGAGUUCUCAGAAACCCCAUCUCCAGACAGUGACUCUGUGAACUCUGUAGAGGGCCACUCUGAGCCUUCCUGGUUCAAAGACAUCAAGUUUGAUGACAGUGACACAGAGCAGAUUGCUGAUGAAGGGGAAGACAACUCAGCCAACUCCGCCAGCCCUAGCAAGCGCACUUCAGUCAGCAGCUUCCAGUCCACAAUGGACAGUGAUUCGGCCGCCUCCAUCAGCCUGAACGUGGAGCUGGACAACGUGAACUUCCAUAUCAAGAAGCACUCCAAGUACCCACAUGUGCCCCCUCACCCUGCCGACCAAAAAGAGUACUUGAAUCCUGAAAACGGAGGGCAGCAGAUGUUCUCUAUAAGUGACGCUUUUAUUAAAGAGUCGUUAUUCAACAGGAGGGUGGAGGAGAAGUCCAAAGAGCUCUUGUUCACACCCCUAGGCUGGCACCACAGCAAUCUGGAUCUGCUGAGAGAAGAGAAUGGGGAGAAACAAGCCAUGGAAAGGCUGCUGUCUGCUAAUCACAACCACAUGAUGGCGCUGCUUCAGCAGCUUCUAUACAAUGAGUCCCUGUCACUGUCCUGGAGGGAUAUUAUUGUGCCCGUGGUCUGCCAGGUAGUUCAGACGGUACGGCCAGAUGUCAAGAAGAGAGAUGAUGACAUGGAUAUCCGCCAGUUUGUCCACAUCAAAAAAAUCCCUGGUGGAAAGAAAUUUGACUCCAUGGUGGUGAAUGGGUUUGUUUGCACUAAGAAUGUUGCGCACAAAAAGAUGAACUCUUGCUUAAAAAAUCCUAGAAUUCUUCUGCUAAAAUGCUCAAUUGAGUACCUCUAUCGAGAAGAAACAAAGUUUACCUGCAUAGAGCCUAUAGUACUUCAGGAAAGGGAGUUCUUGAAGAACUAUGUACAGCGGAUAGUUGAUGUUCAGCCCAAUUUGGUCCUUGUUGAAAAGACUGUGUCCAGAAUUGCCCAGGACAUGCUCUUAGAGCAUGGUAUCACUCUGGUCAUCAACGUCAAGCCGCAAGUGUUAGACCGGGUAAGUCGAAUGACCCAGGGCGACUUAGUGAUGUCAAUGGAUCAACUGUUGACCAAACCACAGCUGGGGACCUGUCAUAAAUUUUAUAUGCAAGUUUUUCAGUUGCCCAAUGAUCAGACAAAACCCCUGAUGUUCUUCGAAGGGUGUCCCCAGCACCUGGGUUGCACUAUCAAGUUGUGUGGUGCUGCAGAGUACGAGCUGGCUCGUGUGAAGGAGAUCCUGAUCUUCAUGGUCUGUGUGGCUUAUCAUUCCCAGCUGGAAAUCUCAUUUCUUAUGGAUGAGUUUGCCAUGCCCCCUACUCUCACCAAAAACACUUCCUUUCACUCCCUUAUUGAGGAGCCAGGAGAUGAAAAUGAACAACAGAACCUCUUCAAUGGUGAGGACUUCAGCACAGCAGUCAAAGACAUUGAAUUAUCCUCUGAAAAGCUGCCUGUAAUCUCUGAAUCAGUGUCCUCUGAUGAGGUCAGUUUGCCUGAACCAAGAAGCAUAUUUGACAGAGGUGACCAAGAGAACAGUCAGCUGGAAAUGGUGUCCUCCAAGCAGCAAGAGCACCACAAAGCGGAGUCACCAUUUGCAGUGCUCAGCCCUGUACCUCAUGCAAUACCUGAAACAUCCCCACUGCCCCUCCAUGGCAUGGACCAGCACUUGGCCACUCUGGAUGACCAGGCACUAGAGCCUCUUCCACAGGCAGAUGAUUUACAGGAGUCCAAGAGUCAGAUGAGAGUCUUCAGAGACCCUCUCCAGGAUGAUACUGGUUUAUAUGUCACGGAAGAGGUAACUUCGUCUGAGGAUCGUCUCAAAACUUACUCUGCAGCAUUUAAGCAGGAGUUGAAAGAUGUAAUUCUCUGCAUUUCUCCAGUGCUGAUGUUCCGUGAACCAUUUCUUUUGACUGAAAAAGGCAUGAGAUGCCCUGCCCGGGAAUACUUUCCCGAACAAGUUUAUUGGUCUCCUCUCCUCAACAAGGAAUACAAGGAGUUGGAGAGCAGAAGGAAGAAGCAAUUGUUGCGGGAUUUCUCUGGACUACAAGGGAGGAAUGGGAGUAUCCAAGCCAAGGCUAUCCAAAUCUUACCUUCUCAUGAGUUGGUUAACACUAGAAUAGCAGAACAUCUACGUGAUAGCCAGAGCUUAGCCAGAAUGCUGGCUGACUAUCGGGCCAGAGGAGGUAGGAUACUACAGAAAAGCACAGAUCCUUUUGCCCAAAAUAAGGAUGUGUCUAGUGUCCCUACUGGAAAAACUGGGAACAGAACUGAAGAGGAGGAGAAGGGACUGGCUCAGAGUGAAUCCUCUUGGUCUCAUAGGGUGGAUUGCCUGAGUCCAGUAAACCAUCAGAGGCUCUGUGUUCUCUUCAGCAGCUCUUCUGCUCAGUCCAGCAAUGCUCCAAGUGCCUGUGUUAGCCCCUGGAUUGUGACCAUGGAGUUCUAUGGGAAAAAUGAUCUAACUCUAGGGAUUUUUCUGGAGCGCUACUGUUUCAGGCCUUCCUACCAAUGCCCCAGCAUGUUCUGUGAAACACCAAUGGUGCACCACAUCCGUCGCUUUGUUCAUGGGCAGGGCUGUGUGCAGAUCGUGUUAAAGGAGCUGGACUCCCCUGUCCCUGGGUACCAGCACACCAUCCUUACUUACUCCUGGUGCAGACUGUGCAAACAGGUGACACCAGUUGUUCCCCUUUCCAAUGACUCUUGGUCUAUGUCUUUUGCAAAAUACCUUGAGCUGAGGUUCUAUGGGUACCAGUACACUCGAAGGGCCAACGCAGAGCCUUGUGGGCAUUCCAUUCACCACGACUAUCACCAGUAUUUUUCCUAUAAUCAGAUGGUGGCAUCUUUCAGCUACUCUCCAAUCCGGCUGCUGGAAGUGUGUGUCCCACUCCCCAAGAUCUACAUCAAACGACAGGCCCCAUUAAAAGUUACUAUUUUGCAGGAUCUCAAGGAUUUCUCACAAAAGGUGUCACAAGUGUAUCUUGCUGUGGAUGAUCGCCUUGCUUCUCUGAAAACAGAUACCUUCAGCAAAACGAGGGAAGAAAAGAUGGAAGACCUCUUUGCCCAAAAGGAGAUGGAAGAAGGAGAGUUUCGAAACUGGACUGAGAAAAUCCAAGCAAGGCUGCUUUCAUCAUCACUGGACACACCUCAACAGCUGCAAUCUGUUUUUGAGUCCCUGAUAGCUAAAAAGCAAGGACUUUGUGAGAUGCUACAAGCCUGGAAUAAUAGAUUGCAGGAUCUCUUCCAACAAGAAAAAGGGAGAAAACGUCCAUCAGUACCACCCAGCCCUGGGAGACUGAGGCAAGGUGAAGAAAGCAAGAUCAGUAGCAUGGAUGCUUCCCCACGCAAUGCUUCUCCAGCUCUGCAAAAUGGAGAGAAAGAGGAUCGUUUUCUGACAACUUUAUCAAGUCAGAGCUCCACAAGCUCCACCCAUCUACAGCUGCCCACCUCUCCAGAGGUUGCCUCAGAGCAUAUGACUGGUGCCAACACACUCUCUGAACAGGACACAACAAGCAGCUCAGAAGAUGUGUUUGAUGGACACUCGCUGGGAUCUACAGACAGCCAAGUGAAGGAGAAAUCUACUAUGAAAGCUAUUUUGGCUAACUUUUUGCCUGGAAACAACUACAACCCCAUUCCCUUUCCCUUACCUCUUCCAAGGGUUGGACUCAAAUUGGCAUUGUCUGGGUGUAGGUCAGGUUCAAUGGCUACUGCAUGUGCCCUCAAGUGUCCCUCUGGUGUGAAGAUGGGCAGGCUGGAAAGUCUUUCUUGUGACCCAGAUAAGCACUACUUAAUGUAUGAGCAUGAACGUGUACCUAUUGCAGUCUGUGAGAAAGAACCAAGCUCCAUCAUCGCCUUUGCUCUCAGUUGCAAGGAGUACAGAAAUGCCCUGGAUGAGUUGUCCAAAGCAUCUCUGAAGAGCAGUUCUGAAGAAGGACUACAACCAAACAGCAUGUCAGACAGCAAACCCAAGAGCAGCAGCCCUGUCCGCCUGCCUGAGGCUAACAUGUGUCCCCUUCGCAAUGCAGAGCCAGAGCAGCCAAAGAAACCAUCUGGUGUUUUGUCUUUCUUCCGUGGCACGGGAGGGAAGAGCCCAGACCUGUCUUCCCAGAAGAAAGAGACCUUACGUGGUGCUGAUAGUGCUUACUACCAGGUUGGACAGAUGGGCAAAGAGGGAGCAGAAAACCAAGGAGCAGAGGCUCAAGAUGAUGGAGAUGGAGGAGAUGGACAGAAGAAACAGGUGGUGAAUCCCCAUGUGGAACUCCAGUUCUCAGAUGCGAAUGCCAAGUUCUACUGCCGGAUUUAUUAUGCUGGGGAGUUUCACAGGAUGCGUGAAGUGAUCCUGGGGAGCAGUGAAGAGGAUUUCAUCCGAUCCCUCUCUCACUCGAUGCCCUGGCAGGCACGAGGUGGCAAAUCUGGAGCUGCGUUCUAUGUGACUGAGGAUGACAGAUUCAUCUUGAAGCAAAUGCCUCGUCUGGAAGUCCAGUCAUUCCUUGACUUUGCUCCACACUAUUUCACUUACAUCACGAAUGCAGUUCAGCAGAAGAAGCCCACAGCACUGGCUAAAAUCCUUGGUGUGUAUCGAAUUGGUUACAAGAACUCUCAAAACAACACUGAAAAGAAGCUGGAUCUGCUUGUCAUGGAAAAUCUUUUCUAUGGCAGGAAAAUGGCUCAGGUGUUUGACCUGAAGGGCUCCCUCCGGAAUAGAAAUGUUAAAACAGACACAGGCAAGGAAACUUGUGAUGUGGUCCUGCUGGAUGAAAACCUCCUGAAGAUGGUUCGGGACAAUCCUUUGUACAUCCGUUCCCAUUGCAAAGCUGUGCUGAAAGCCUCCAUACACAGUGACUCCCAGUUCCUCUCCAGCCAUCUCAUCAUCGACUAUUCCCUGCUGGUGGGUCGUGAUGAUACCAACAACGAGCUGGUCGUUGGGAUCAUUGACUAUAUUCGUACUUUUACCUGGGACAAAAAGCUUGAAAUGGUGGUAAAGUCAACUGGCAUCUUGGGAGGACAAGGUAAGAUGCCCACUGUGGUCUCUCCAGAACUGUACCGGACCAGGUUUUGUGAAGCUAUGGACAAGUAUUUCCUGAUGGUGCCAGACCAUUGGACAGGACUGGGCCUGAAUUGCUGAGCUAAAGCCCAUAUUGGGAAAGCACAAGAGGACAAUGGCAUUAUAGGCCACUCUCUUGCAGUGGUCUGUCCAGCAGCAAGAGGAUUGCAGUUCCGUGUCUACACUGACCAUGUGCAUCAUGUUGCAGAGUGUGAAAUCUGCUUGCACUUUAGUCCCCCCUUGGAGGAUAAUAAGCAAACCAGCCUCAGUAAGGAUCUAAACUGUAAGGUACCACUGAACAGCACUGAUAAGUGACAUUCCCGCUGUCAGUAGGGAAGGUGAUGCUAUCUCCUAAGUAUUGGACUGAGAUUCUAUCCAGAUCCUGAUGGUACAUGAAGAACUACGUGAUCUCUGGAAGUCUUGCACUGCCAAAAUGGUGUUGAAUAUGAGCAGCUCAUAUUUCUGUAGUGGAUACUUGGUACUGAAAAUGUGAAAUAAGCCCCCAAAAUGUGGAUGGGGGAGAGAAGAAUGAAGUUAAUUCAUGAGUUCUGCUAUUGUUGCAAGGGUCUGUAAUUGACCUAUAUAGGAUCCAUUAAUAACUUGUGUUGUUUAUGCUCCAUAGUUUUAAUUCUUACUGUAAACAGUAUUUUUUUAUGGCAGCUCCACAUCUAUAAUGCCCUAUGACUCCAUCUUUUAUGUUAUGUUACUGCAGUACAGCUCUGGUUAAUCUGUCAUAAUCACAUUUUAGCCGCAUCCCAUAAAAAUGGGUUGUCAGUCAUCAGUAUACUGCAAAACUCAAAACAUAUCCCUUCACUCCUAAACAGUACUUUGGUCUGAAUGUUGCUCAAAUUCCUGGAAACAGGUAACUAACAUACACUUUAAUUUAACAAGACUUGAUUGAUUAUAGUUAUGAAGCAGAUUAACCCUUUCCUUGGUAAAGGUAAUAAGUUGCUAGACAAAGUGCAUACUGCAACUUUCUUCUUAAUGCAACUAUCAUUCCUGGCAGAUCAUUUCAAAUCCAUUUCAGUUUCCCUUUACUUUCAAGCAAUGCAAUUACCUCAUGGUGAAAUUUUGCCAGGAGAAUGUUUGUCUUGCAUUCGUGACAUUAUUUUUUGUGGUCACGGAGAUGAAUGUAGUUGUUGUUUUCUGAAAAAAGGAAAACCUGAACUAACAGGUAUCUUGUCUGAUGCAUAAGAUGUGCAGAGAUCUGUGAGUCUCUAUAUUAUUACAAUAAGCAUUUCUUUCCAUUAAAAAAAAAUUACUCAUUUUUGUAGGUGAUGAGUUUACUUUUUAGUUUCAUUAUAAUACAGGCCAGUAAAUAAGAGGAACUUUAAUGAGUUUGAAAGGCAAGAAUACUGUCUUUUGACUUCCAGUCUCUGAUGGAAGAACAUCAAAUGAACAUGGAAUCUGGGAGAGGAUAUCUCUUAGUGAUCUCUUGCUCAUUCUAACCAGUUGCCUCAUAGUGCCCUCAUCACUGUAACUAUGGAUUGGAACAUGCAUUUUGUUCAGUUCUCCUGUGUUCAGUAUUUUUUUCUGCAGCAGAUGGUGGUGGCUGUUGAGGAGUGACCAGCAGUAGGCAGCACUGAGAAAGGAAAAGGCCAGCAGUGAGAAUUGAGCUAUUUGCUCCAAAACCAACCAGUGCAGCUCUUGUCUGAGCUGCCAGGAGGCGACAGUCAUUUGUGUUGGAAGGAGCCUUCCUCACCCUAUUAGCAACACUGUACUAGAGGAUGAGCAAAAAUGCUGGCCUUGAAGCAGCAGAAAAGAAAGUGUACUGAUUUCCUCAGUGCAAUGUGAGAAUUGUUUCUGGGGAUGCACUGUUCAAGGCUGCAGUGAUGUGUGCUGUGGAAAGAGGACACAGUACUCCUUGCUUCAGUCCAACACAGCACAUCAGGUACAGCUGAUCACCUCUGGGAUGCAUCUUGUCUCUUCUGUUGAAAUGUUCUCCCAAUUUGCCUGGCUGUGUGUGUGGCCUUGUCUAAUGAGGUCGACCAGUCCAUUAAUUCAGUGCUGCUCCCACUUCUGUCUCACCUACUAUCUUGUUCAUCAGUGUGAAAGAACCUGCCAUGCAGCCUAUGUUCCAGUCUCAGUUGAAGUUUACAUGUGUUCCCUUACUUCCCUUCUUACAGUUUACAGGCAAAAACUAGACUGUCCUUGCCUGCUAAGGUGACCCAACAGCAGCUAAUUAUGUUGUCUUCCACCUUUGUCAGUAUGUGGAUUGGUGGAUGGAGCACGAGUGUGGGCAUGGCAGCUGCACUAGGCUGAUGUGGUGUGCUAGCCCACUCUGUCACCAGUGACCCUCAUCCUUGUCCUGGGACGUGUGGCUGCUCUGUGCUGCUUGUGUGCCAGAGUCCAGAGCAGAUGGCUGUUAGCAGCUUCAUCACCUGACAGGUGCUGAUACUCCUCUGAAUGUGACAGCACGAGGCCCUCAGCACUGCAGAAGGGAGAGAGAAGCUUCCACUGUUUUGCAGCCUGUGAACAGAGCCAGAGACAUGUGAAUGGUCAUGGCCCAACUUUUUGGGCUGAAGUUACAGCAGUUGGAGAGAUUUGUAGGAAUGAUCUUGAGCUGGUAUCAACAGUUAAUUUUUGGCCAGGAUGUGGCUGAUAGACUAGUUCUGAUUAUACUGGAGUAUAAACUACUGGUCAUGAGUAUCACAGUAGCUGCAGUAUCAGCUGGAGUUUGGUCAUCUUGGGUAUUCUGUGAUACAAAGCUGUCAACAUUUCUAGUCCAAAUCCCAGCAGCUGAAUGGGUCUCCUCAAAUGUUCCAUUUUCAGUAUGAUAGUUGUCCUGACAUUUCAAUUGCUACCAAGCCUAAUUUUCUCAGAAGGAGAGCAGUACUUAAUGCAGAACAAAUCUUUGAGAGCUACGGUGUUCAGUCUGUGUCCCUGUAGAAUUCCUAAGGAUGAACCCUUUGGUCAGAGCUUAUUUCUUUCUUUCUAACACAGGUUUAGCAUAUGUAAAUCCCAGUUGCAAAUAUGAAGACUGAAUUUCUUCAGAGCUACACUGACUCUUCUGUUGUUUUGAUCUGAGGCCUUGAGACAAAUGUCUAAAUCUUGUCCAAGUCAGAAGCAAUGACUUUGAGUCAGCAUGUGGACAGCAGAAUGCCUUCUAGCAGCCCAGGGAUGCAUUCUGUCCCCAGAAAGCACAUGGAGGGACUCUUGCUGGUGGAGCAGUUCUAGGGUGCUGUGGGGAGUUACCUGUGGAGUCUCCUCUGUGAGAAUGACCAAAACCAAAUGAAUUGUUCACUAGCUGGUGGCCAGACUAGUCAUUCUUCAAAGCACUUAAUGUACUAUAAUGUAUGCAUUUCUAUUCUAACUUGGUUCAGCUGUAUUUUAUAAAGUUGAUGUACUAAACUCUUUGAGAAUAAUUGCCUUGACUACUUGGAGAAUCAAAAUGUAAUGUAUAUAGAUACAAAUAAAGUGACUAAAGUAUA